CACGUCACUUAGCGUGACGUCAGCACAACAACAAUCUGUCAUGAUAGCUCACCGGAGAGACAUUGAAUCCAACACAAUUUCAUAGCGGAUCUUAUGAAACGCGCUUUGUUUAGAUGUGACACGUCUUUUCUAAGUGUUCGAGAUCCAGGCAGGACAGGGUGUUCUUAAAACCUGUCAGUUCAGCCAGCCGAAGAGACGGGGAACAGGAUUGGGAAGCAGGGCGAGGCGGGCCCCGCGGAGCCGGUGGAGAAGAUGGCUGGCAGCCCGGAGAAGAGUUCCACCGCGCAGGAGCUGAAGGAGCAAGGAAACCGCUUGUUCCUCUGUCGCAAGUACCAGGAGGCUGCUACAUGCUACAGCAAAGCUAUAAACCGAAACCCGUCCGUGGCAGUGUACUACACCAACAGGGCCCUGUGCCAUGUGAAGCUGCAGCAGCACGACAAGGCUCUGGCAGACUGUAAGCACGCCCUGGAGCUGGACAGUCAGUCAGUCAAGGCCCACUUCUUCCUGGGCCAGUGUCACCUGGAGCUAGAGAACUACGACGAGGCCAUCGGGAACCUGCAGAAAGCAUACAAUCUGGCAAAAGAACAGAGGCUGAAUUUUGGAGACGACAUCCCGAGCGCCUUGCGUAUUGCCAAGAAAAAGCGUUGGAACAGCAUUGAGGAGAAGCGCAUCAACCAGGAGAACGAGUUGCACGCUUAUCUCAGCAAACUCAUAUUAGCUGAGAAGGAGCGAAAACUUGAAGACUACAAGGAAAAGCAGGACGACGAUCAAAACGGAGGCGACGCGGCCAAGAUUGCAUCCAAACACGACAAGUACUUAAUGGACAUGGAUGAGCUCUUCUCUCAAGUCGACGAGAAAAGAAAAAAACGCGAGAUCCCAGAUUAUCUGUGUGGAAAGAUCAGCUUUGAGCUGAUGAGGGAGCCGUGCAUCACACCCAGCGGGAUCACCUACGACCGCAAGGACAUCGAGGAGCACCUGCAGCGAGUGGGCCAUUUUGACCCGGUCACUCGAAGCCCCCUGACCCAGGACCAGCUGAUCCCCAACCUGGCAAUGAAGGAAGUGAUCGAUGCCUUUAUCCAGGAGAACGGUUGGGUGGAGGACUACUAAGAGUUGGAACCCCCCCUUGGCCACCUUGUCCCCCAUUUCUCCAUCUUAAAUCAACAUGAGACUGUCGAGGACACUUCACCUUUGCGCAGUUAUGAACUGUCUUACUAUGGACUACCAAACAGGAGCUGCCGCAACCCUUUGAUUCCUGCUCUGAACCUGUGAGGCUGUACUCCCUUUAAGACUGUCCCACCGUCUACACUUUCAUCCUCCGAUUUCUUUCCACAACAUGGAGGCCAUUCUCUCGGUCUAUUUCUAUCUCGAGUGCCACAAUCCCAGCAAAGCAUCACCAAAUGCUCUCGCGUCCUGCCAAGGGAAAAUAUUUUUUUGCAUUCAUUGAAACAUUUCAACCUGAAAUGGUAACUAUGCCAAAAAAUUACGUUGUCAUUGAGGGGGGUUACUUUGUAUGCAAGUUUACAUGACAGUGGUGGAGGGGGGGGAAAGUGUGUGUUUUCACUGUUACAAGCUUCACCUCUAGAUGGCGACACAAACCCUUUUGAGCCUUGGCUGCACUCUUUUGAUUGAUGAGCUCUUCUUGUUACACUCAAGUACAGACAAUUAAAUAGGAUGAAUGUAUGCAUUCUUUGUUGUUUAGUAUGGAACUGUACAUGUUUUUAAACAGGACACGUUCUUCUCUUAAAAAUCAGGCUCGAACUGGAGAAAUUAAUUGAAAAAAAUGGCUGCUGGAAUUUUAUAAAUGCUGAAUAUUCCAUAAAUUGUGUGAGUUUUGUUUAAAGUAAAAUACAAUGAACUUAACUGAUCUAAAGACAUCACUUAAAAGCCACUUUGGAUGCGCACAAAGUUGCGCAGCGACGCAUACAAAAUUGCUGUUAGCGGUUAUCUUUUCAUGAGAAAUCUGUUGCUUAAACAAUCAUCGGUGUGGAAAAGUAUAGGUCAAAGUUCACUGUGUCAUCCGCAAUCCUGAAAUGCUGUACAGAGAGCGUAAUUUAUCAUCCAUACCUCCCAGCUUUCCUGAAAACUCCACUUUGCAUUGACUGAUAUUUUAGCAAAGUGGAUCACGACCAGCUGCAGACAGUGUACAUAAUUAUUAGCUUUGUGUAUCUCAGAUCUUCUUUUCUGACAAAAUGGGCUAUUUUUGUUAUUUUUUUCUUUCUUGCUGUCCUCCGGUGUAUUAAAUGUAGAUAUGUUGAUAACAUAAAGGCCCAGUUCAGUUUUUUUUUUUGUUCACCCCCAUUGAUUCAAGCUUGUGGUAUUGCACACAGAAGUAUCAUUCAAAAGACAUUCAUGAUGUUAACAUGCCAACUCUUGCUUUCACGUUAGUAUUGUAUUUUUGGUAUGACGUCAAUUUACACGGCAAACGAUUAUCAUAGCUAUACGACAAAGCAAACGACAUUAACUUGUGAAUAAAAUCAAAAUCUUUGAAUUAUCUGUCCCCUUUAUUUUGGGCAUAGCUAGAUUUGAUUUUAUUUUAUGUUAUGUCUCAAAAAAGUGUCUCAAAUUCAGGGUUGUGUAUUCAAAUAGCUUCCAGUUCACAUAUUCAAAUAUACAAAUAGCAGCUAACAGGCUCCACAUCCUCUCCAUAAUUCACAAAUUGUCUUUUCAUGUUAAUUGGAAUAUCAUGUAAAAGCGGGUAUUUACUCCGUGCCUUUAUUUGCUCAUAAAAGCUAUCUUAAAGGGGAACUGCACUUUUUUUUAUUUUUUUUUAUUUUUGACCAUCAUUCACAAUGCCCAUGUAGGACAAGAACACAUUUUUCUUUUUUUAUGCUUUCUAACUAGUAAAUAAACGUGAGUAAAAGUCAGCUAACAAUGGAGACAAUGGGAGUUGCUUUAAUCCGCCUACAAAGCGCUCUAAAAAAACACCCACAACACCCCUAACGUUUUAUAUACACGCUAUAUAUUUAAUGUAUUCAUAACAACAUGUAAUAUUUACAUUUUUUGCACAUUUUAAGCAUACAGCGGCGGAUUCAUUUCACAGACUCAUCACAACGUUUGCUUUUCCGUUCAACAACAACACUACUAAUCAUGACUGGCCUAAUGAGAGACAAUAAAGACUACUUUGGGACAAAUUAUGUUUCAGAACCUUUUCUUUUUAAGCCUGAAUAUAAGGAGGAGGCUGCGAUGCAGUUGGGGCUUGUCCAGGGUGUGCCCUGCCUUCCGCCCAAAUGCUGCUGGGAUAGGCUCCACCUAACUCAGCUGUACGUUUGACACCCUUGAUCUAGAAUUAACUUUAACCAGCUCAAUACUGUAGCUGCUAGUUAUCUCUCUAUGAGCACUGAGAAAAGUAGUUUGCCUGCGUUAGCGCUUGUAAUAAAAAAUAUUGCUUAUACUUGGUUAAUAUGUAGAUCACAACAUGUAAUAAGAUGGGGCGGCAUGACCCAGUGUGUGGAGCGGCUGUCUUGUAACCAAAGGAUUACCAGUUCGAUCUAAAGCGUUGAAGGUGUAUUUUAAUUUGCACUUUCAUUUUAUUGACAAUUUGUUUAAGAAAAAUAUAAUUAUUAUUAAAUUAUUAAUAAAAAAUUUUAAUUUAUUUUAGCACUGUACAUUUAUUUUUAUAACACAACUCUUUAUUAUUAUUAUUGUCAUCAGUUUUUGAGUUCCCUCUUUUGCAGUAUGUUUGAUGAGUAUGUAUUUUGUAAUUAGUCUGACCUAAGCCUUGAUGAUCAUUGUAAGUAGGUUAGAUUUAAUUAUUGAAUACGAUUAGAAUAAAAAGUGUGAUUACUAGUUCAGUGUUAAUAUUUAAGUGGGCUCCUCUGUAGUGGAAAUUUGGGCCUCAAGGUCAAAAAGGUUAAGAACCCCUGAUAUAAAGCCCUUUUUGUGUUAUUCCAGGUAUAGUAAAGCGCUAUAUAAAUACAGACCAUUUGGGGUAUGGUUGGUGGUUUUUGGAUUGGUGGUUCUUGGUUUUUAGAGGGCUUUAUGGGUGCAACAGAGUACUCUCAUUAGCUGCAUUGUAAGCCACCUCGUGCCGUAUUUUACAAGGUAGUAUGCAUUAAAAAAAAGGAAAAACACGUGUUCUUGUCUUAUAUAAGGAUUGUAAAUGAUAGACAAAAUUCCAAAAACAAGUGCAGUUCCCCUUUUAAGUCCAGUUAUUUUAGCCUAGCACAGUGCUUCUCAAAAAUGUUCUGUUACGCCCCCCCUAGGAAGAAGAAAAUAUUGUGUGGUUACAGUGAAGCCAAGUGCUACAUACCCUUCGUCAUAUCCUGGUACUGCAAAAAAAAAAAGCAUGUUCCCAGCAUGUUCCCCGAGGUCACACUCGCCCCAUUAUUUGAGAAGGACUAGCAUAGCAUGAGUUAUAACCACUUAAAUCAAAUCAAUCAGAUAAUCCAUUAAAAUAUUAGCAUAUUUGUUUAGGUGAAAUACAGGAAAAAAACAAGAAAGACAAAAGCAUAUUAACAGAUAUUUAAUAUUUUUAUAUUUUCAUACAAUUAAGGUCCAACAAAUGUUUUGUCUAAAUAUGAGUUAAGUUUUAUGUAGAUAUUAGCUCUACAACAGAGACCAACAACGGAGGACAUUUGUGUACUGUAGUCCCUCAAUUUACGAGCUUAAUUGGUUCUGUAAUGGAGUUCUUAACUCAAAAUACUUGUAUCGCAAAUCAACGUCUCCCAUUGAAAUUCUUUGACAUCGAUUUAAAAAUUUACCAUGGAGAGUGGACUUCUACACUACAGUAUCUCCUUCUAGCUGCUUCUCCAUCAAACACACCAUAAGCAACUUCUCCAUAUUUUCAUAGAUAAAUGUCUGACUUUUAGAUAUGUUAACAUUUUUUGGCUGGCGUUAGACUCAUUAUACCUCAGUAUGGUGCAGACUACCACUGAUACUCUCCACUCACUCAUGUUUUUGAUGGUUUCUUGCAUUAAUUCAAUGAAUAUCAACAAUUUCUUCUUAUCAGCACUGUCCCUCACACUCACUUUCUUCCCUUGUUAGAAAAACAAAGUUAUGUCCAUUUUUUUGUAUCUAUAAGCUAAUUCUAGCGAAUAAGACCAGAUGUUUUAGGCAGAUCUUCACUGUGACAUUUUCUAAGCCAACUAAUGACAAGGAUGCUUGUAACAUAAAGCAUGACAAUUAGCCGAAAGACAGCUCUUCUCUUAAAUUGGGGCACACUCAAGUUGAGGUACUAUUUAUUUAUCAUUUAUUUCUGGCAUGUGAUAAAACUCAGCUAUGUAAACUACUAUGCUAGCAAUGGCCGUAAGGUGCAAUUUGUGUUCCAAUGGACGCUGUUCCCAGGGUUGUGUAGAAGUGUUGAUUCUCAUCUCCACGAAUCUUGAAAUACCGAUUUAUGAAGUUAAUUAGUUCUUGAACAUCGUUCGCCAACCGAAAGGUUCAUAUCUUGAAACAGAUUUCCCCAUAAUAAACAAUGUAGACAUGAAUAAUUGGUUCUAGCCUGGACAAAAGUCCUUAUUUUAUAUUAAAAAUGUACAUUUUGAAGACACUAUCAUGUGUAUACAUACUGUAUAAGUAUCAACAUAACAUAACAAGCGGGUAAUGGCUCAACAAUCUAUUAUUUUAUCCAAACACAAUAACAGCCAGCUCAACUGUCAAUGUGUCCACACACACAUAAAAGUCAUUUUGGUCCAUGUUACCAAACAUGUUGCUACAAUAAAAAAUAAGGAAAAUCCUUAA